UAGUGUCCAUACUGGAGUACCGUAGCAUGUCCUAAAUCUCCACACGGCGGCUAACCUCGGUAUCGGUAACUGUGAAGUAUAGAUUAGUCUUUGUUGCAAGUAUUAUGUCGAAGAAAGUAGCCGUGGUGACGGGAUCUAAUAAGGGGAUAGGUUAUGCCAUUGUCCGAGGACUGUGUAAACAGUUUGACGGUGAUGUGUACCUCACUGCUAGGAAGGAGGAGUUGGGUCAAGAGGCCAUCAAGAGCUUAAACUCGGAAGGACUAUCUCCAAAGUUCCACCAGCUUGACAUCACCGACCAAGCUAGCAUUGAUCGUCUCAGAGAUUUUCUGAAGAGCAAUUAUGGAGGUUUGGACAUACUCGUCAACAAUGCUGGAAUGGCUUACAAACAAGCAUCAACGGCUCCAUUUGCAGAACAAGCUGAGGUUACGAACAACACGAAUUACUUUGGAACUCUUGCUGUUUGCGAAGCUAUAUUUCCUCUUCUCAGACCGCAUGCAAGGGUUGUCAACGUGUCAAGUAUGGUCAGUACGUUCGCAAUUAAGAAAUGCAGCAAUGAGGUCAAAGAAAAAUUCCUCAACACCAAACUAACGACUAAGGAACUGUCAGGUUUGAUGAACGAUUUUAUCCAGGCAGCAAAGAACGGAAACCAUACGAGUAAAGGAUAUCCUGAUAGCGCUUAUGGUAUGUCAAAGGUUGGUGUGUCAGUCUUGUCUGAAAUUCAGCACCGCCAGCUUUCAGCGGACCCAAGAGAAGACGUUAUCGUUAACGCCUGCUGUCCAGGUUACGUCGAUACGGAUAUGACAUCACACAAGGGUCAUAAGACUAUCGAUCAAGGCGCUGACACGCCCUUGUAUUUGGCAUUACUUCCGCCAGGAAGCAAGAGUCCAGCGGGAAAUUUCUUGUCAGAAAGGAAGAUCAAGAACUGGAGUCAAUAAUUUUCCCUCUUACAUAUGACUUAGUAUCAAAUCAUGCAUUUAAUUUAGUACAUGUAUAUGGUACAUACGUUGUAUUUAACUCAUUCCUAAACUGCAUGUCCAACCAUUUCAGUAUAGAAUAUAAAAUUGAUAUUCAUUAUUAUCUAAGUUUUGCUUGCAGUGAUUCUGAAAACAUACAUCAAAGUUUGAUAAUGAUAAUAAAACCAACCAUAUAA